UUUUUCGAAACUAAAGUCAGUAAAACAAUCAUUUAGUUUUUGCGUAGUGUUUUGUUAAUUUUCCACUAGUCUCAAUGGUAAUUUUUGUUUUAACCCUUUGCGUUUGUAUCGUGUAGGACACAAUAUUCUAUUGUUAUUUUAUCCCACAGUUCGUUAACUUAAAAAGUUGGCGUUUUAACUUUUGUAUCGCAGAGUAAUCAGUAGUCGCGUACAUGGUAACAGGUUGUUUCGCCCAUAUUACUAGUUCACCCGAGUCGUUUUGAGCAGGAUCGAUUCGUACCACUAACCGAGUCGUUUCGCCCCAUGUUUCGAUUCGCCCAAGUUUUUAGUUUGUUAAUAAAGUAUAUUUAUUCAUUGAUUUGUCUUAUAUCCAUUGAUUUUUAGAUGUCACACAUUGCGAUCUAUAUUGCGUGUUUAUAUUUACAGAUAAAAAUAAUAUUGUAAUUUUGUUUAUUUCCAAUAUCAUUUACUCAAGCCAUAUACACGGAAUACGUACAGGCCUUAGAUAAUAAUUAUACAGAUAAUGUAUUCACAUUAAUAAUUUGUGAACAGUCACAUUGCAUACUGCUGAUGUGCUGUGGUUUCUUAUUAAAUAUACUACAUACCCACCUGAGGUUCAAAUGUCGAGUAUGGCAUGUUGAUUUCGCCUAGCUUCAGCUGACAGAAAGUAAACAGCUGAUAAAGCAUUAAUAUCCAAAGACAGAAAAUUACCUAAUAUUUGGUCAUGAAUAAUGAAUAAACAGAAGAAAAAAAAUACUUCAAAACUAUAAUAUAUUUAUUUGGGGGGGGGGGGGGGGGCAAAACCAUUCUGUAGGAAUGAGAUUUAGGGUGAACCAACCCAGGGUCAAUAGGACUAAGGGCGAAACAGCACAGAGUUCGAAAUGGUUUUAGGGCGAAACGACCAGGAUUCUGCGUACAUUAAUAGCUCGAGUCACCUCUAGUCUUUCCCUUAUUGAUAAGUUGUAGGGGAGGGGAAGGCUGGAGGUGACAUGAGCUAGUACAUCAAUAGUUUCGCACGUCACAUUUGUUUGCAAUCCAAAACUCGCGAGCACGUGCAAACCAAUGACUUAGCAUUUAUCAACAAAUCAUCAAAUGAUAAAACACUUCCUGGUCCCUGCAUCAUUUGUUUUUUCAUCAGUAAAAAGUAAUUUUUCUCAAAUACCAAAUAUCGCUAAAGAUCGAAAGGCAUCCUAAGUCGAGAAGCGUCCUAUUUUACGUACGGCUUGUUUAUUACGAAUCUGCAAGCGUGUGAACUUUGACAACACAGUAAUUCUAAACCAGGAAGUACUUGCUACUGAUAAAGAAAAACAAAUGUGGAAAAGACAGGUGACACUGGUCGGGGUAAACCAUGGAUGAUCAGCAUAGAGAGAUUCUGCGGAGAAACAGGAGUGCUAUUAUUAGGGAGAUUCACGACAUCGGAACUAUUGUUUAUGCUUUAGAAGAAAAUGGCGUCAUCACAAACAACAUGUUGGAAGACAUCAUGGCAGAGAGUACGCCAACAGACAAGAAGAGGGAAAUGUUGAACAUAUUAUCAAAGAGAGGGCCGAAGGCGUUUGAUAAGUUUUACGAAAUUCUCGACAACAACAAGGAAGGAUCAGCAGCUGAUAUUUUAAAGCCAGAGUUGUCAGAGCAGAGGAAAGCGGAAGAAGAAAGAAAACUAGCUGCUGUUGGACGAGCCAAAGCAUGUGUUCCGUUAGAUGAUGACGAUGAUUAUGACCUGCCAGAAACAUGGCCUGAUAUGAACCGAUUAUCAGAAGAUGUUACAGUAAAGGUCUGUGAGAAAUCGGGGCAGAUGUAUGAGAGGUUUAUCAGAUCCAACACAGACAGUGGACAGACCUACAAACAUCAGAGCAAGCCAAGAGGACUUGCAUUAGUGAUAAACAACGAGAAGUUUGAACUGCCAAAGAAGAAUGGCAGCAAUCUGGCAGAUCGACAUGGAACCAACAUUGACCAGUCCACAGUCAGUCAGCUGUUAGAGCAGCUGGGCUAUACAGUUUGCAUUCGUAAAGAUUUGACAGCUGAGAAAAUGUUAAGCACCGUGAACGAAUUCAGUCAGUUGGACCACAGUUUGUUGGACAGCUUCAUUCUGUUCAUCCUGUCUCAUGGAGAGAAGCAGGGUAUAUGUGGAGUAGACGGGAAACUGGUACAGAAGGAGGAAAUCAUAGGAGCCUUCAACGGAAAGGAUUGCCCAAAACUUAGUGGGAAGCCCAAGCUGUUCUUUUUCCAAGCCUGCCAAGGGCAUAAAUUUCACCAUGGUGCACCCAUUGCUUCAGCGGAACCAGUUAGCAGUAGCAGUGGCAGUGAUCCUGAUAACAUGGAGCAUACACUGAAGAAGAUGAAAGAUCUAAAGUUAAAUAAAACCUCAUCUGAUGAAUCGAGAGAUGACACUGUGGCCGACAUCAAGGUAGAGACCUCGGUACCGGCCGGAGGAGAUGUUUUUAUAGCAUCAGCCACUAUUCCAGAUUAUUUAUCAUAUAGGGAUGAAAAGAAAGGAACAUGGUUCAUCCAGGCAAUUGUCUACAUCUUUAAGAAUUUUGCUCACAAAGAAGAUAUCUCCAAACUGAUGACCAAGGCUUCAUUAAUACAACUGAGUCGGCCGAUCUGGAGUAUGAAAGUGACCCCGACUGACGAUGUUCCCUUGUCACACCUAGUAACCAACGGUGUGACUUUAAUGGAAUAUGCACGUGCCAAUGAUAGCCUGGUCACCUGUGCUCCCAUGUCCGACGACAGCAUUGUUGAAGAGGUGUUGGCUGCCCGGACCCCUGUUGUAGCAGAACCAGAGCCAGAGAGUGAUACGGAAAAUGACGAUACUGCCGAUCUUCCCCCGCCGUCACUGACGUCAGCAACAGAUACACUGGAGUUAUUAACUCGAUUUGUGGACAGCAGAGAUUCCAAUGGAAAUCCUGUCCAUGCUAUUGGGGACUUAACAAACUUUCUAAGCUCAGUAGCUUUCAUGCCUUGUUGUAAUGCGCGACAGACAUUAUUAACAGACUUUGUGAAUUAAGUGUUGUGAUAGUUGUGAUUGUUAUUUGUUCUUCCAGUUUGUAUAAUUGCAUUUUGUUCUUAAUCCUUUGUUAUAAUAUGUUAAAAUUUAUUUAGUAAUUUUUUGUUUAAUUGUCUCCAUAUCCACAGUCAUUUUAAUUCCACAAUUUAUAAAAACUUUUAACAGGUUCAGUAAGCUUGCGCACAUCAGUAUUAUUGAUUGGUUUAUUGAUUAAUUACUUUGUUAUUAUUAAUUUCAGAACAUUUUUUCUUUGUGUUACAUUAUGUUAUUGUGAAAUUAAAUGAAAUUCGUGAUUUGAUUUAAACAAAAUAAAUUAUAUUUCAUUUUUAAAUUUGACAUCUUUUGUUUGUAAUUUUUUAUUUACAUACUUGACUGAACGUUUGAGUCGAUAUUUAUGUG